AUGGAGCACGCUCACCAGGCGUUCCCUAAAUUAUGUGAUGAUAUAUUAUCCCUGCCACCGCUGCAUGAUGAAGACGCUGUUUCAUAUCCCGCCACCGUAGACCCCAUCUUCUCGCUACCGUCGGAGCUUCCCGAUAGCUUCUCUCCUCUUCCAUCCCAGCCAGAUGCGACAUCAGUAUCUCCAGAUAGCGGCGGGCCUGCCCCCCCUACACGCCCUCCUCAGCGUCUAUCCGUGGAGGCCGUGAGAACCCUCAAGUCAUGGCUCAACAACCACCCGGAGAACCCAUAUCCCACGACCCAGGAGAAGGAUGAGCUGGCGCAACGCACCAGUCUGACUCGGGCGCAAGUCUCCAACUGGUUUAUCAACGCUCGACGGCGUAAGCGCUCCAGCGGGUAUAUGUCUGCCCGUCAGAGCCCGUCAUUCCUAUCCCCCAUGGAACGCUGGAGGAGCUCGCCACCGGAAAGCGAGGCCGCAGCCACAGAUGACAUCCUGCGAGCUCUCGCCGAUAGCGAUAUUUCCGCUUUUUCGGACAGCUUGCCAUACACCGUACCCCAGUACGCCUGGUCCAGCAACGACUCCAGCGGCUCCUUCGUUCUCGGGGAUGCUUCCAUCAGCAGCUGUGGACGCAGCCAGUCAUCCAGCUCGGAGAAAUCGGUCGCCUUAUCAUCGCAUAGGCCGCCACAACGUCCACCAACCCCACUUCAUCGUCCGUCAUCUCGUCGCCACCGUCGGAAACACAUCCGUCAUGCAAACCGUCUGCAGUGGACUCGUAGGCCCUACCAGUGUACGUUCUGCGCGGACACGUUCGCAACGAAAUACGACUGGCAGCGCCACGAGAAGGCUCUUCACCUUCCCGUCGACCAAUGGCGCUGUUCUCCAGAAGGCGGACUCAUCAUCGACAACAACGGCACACCUGUGUGCGUCUUCUGUCAACAAGCCAACGCAGACGAAGACCAUCUCGAAACAGCACACAACUACAGUACCUGUCUCGAGAAACCAUCCGAGCAACGCAUCUUCACUCGGAAGGACAACCUCCGGCAGCACCUGAAACUAACCCACCGCGUCGACACUUUCCAUGCAGCCAUGCUCACCUGGCGCGAAAGCCGAGGCCACCGUAUCCUCUCCCGCUGCGGGUUCUGCAGCGCAACGUUCCAAUCCUGGCAGGAGAGAGUCGACCAUGUCGCAGAGCAUUUCAAGCACGGUGCCGACAUGAAGCAGUGGAUGGGCGAUUGGGGUUUCGAGCCGGAAGCUCAGCGGCUCGUUGAGAAUGCGAUACCGCCAUAUUUGAUUGGGCGUGAGGCGCAGACGCCUGAUCCGUGGCGGACAUCGGAUGUGUUUCCGAUGCCGCGGGAGGAGGAUAAAGAGGACGAUGAAAUUCCGUUUCGGUGGGAUGUGCCGACUGCUUUGGAUCGGUAUUUUGAUGUGCACCGCGAUCUGUUGGCGUUUAUUCGCGAACAGAUGUCAAAUGGAUGCAGGCCGUCGGAUCAGAUGAUUCAGGAUCGUGCGAGGCUGUUCGCGUAUGAGAGUGAUGAUCCGUGGAAUCAGACAUAUGCGGAUGAUUUGUGUUGGCUGGAGGCGGUUAAGCAGGAAGCUGGGUUGGUUUAG